CAAGAUCGGAUUGUCCGCAAUGAUAAUGGACGAACGCAGCCGUAACACAGACAUGAUCGACGACAAACCCGCGGCGUUUAUCGCUGUCAAUGACGCCGACUUGUCGUCGGUUUCCACAUGCUCGAUCCCUUACAUGCUGCUCGUGGCGCUACCUCGAUUUGCCAUCAUGAUGGGCUGGGCGGCGCAAUGGGCUGUGCUUGGUCCGUUGUUGGAGAUCUUGGUCUCGUCUUCUGUCGUGCAGAUCAUUCAAGUCGUCGGACCAUUGUGCGGGCUUCUUGUCGUGCCGAUGCUUGGCGUGCUCAGUGACAACUGCCUCCAUCCGUGCGGCCGCCGACGGCCGUUUCUCUUUUGGGGCGCCGUCACCAGCAUUCUCGCGUACGUUGUGCUCAUGUUUGCUGCCGAUAUUGGCACGUACUUUGGCGACACCGCCACAAGUCGGCCGGCCAUGACAGGCAUUGUCAUCUUGUGUUACAUCUGGACAGACAUUACGCUCAACAUUGCCAUGGUGCCUGUGACACUGCUCAUGGCUGACGUCGUGGGCGACCGCCAAGUCACGGGCUCCGUGGUCACAGGUGUGUUGUCGUCGGGAGGAUUGCUCGUCACGGCCGUGUACAUUGCCGCAUUUGGCCCGGCCCACCAGAGCUUAAAAACGUUUUUGUCCAUAUUGAUCGGUCUAUUGGGCGCCACGAGCGGCACCACGUGCUGGUUUGUCACCGAGGUGCCGCUCCAGCGCGAGGAAGGGCCACCGAUCAUCCAAGGACGCCUUCAAGACGCUCUUGUGGCCGUGUACACUGGCAUUCGACAGCUCCCGUCGCCCUUGGGGGUGUACAUUCUCCUCGUCAUGCUCACGACGUACGGGUACACGUCGUACAACGGCGCCAAGGGCCAAUUCUUUGGCCUGGUCGUCAAAGGAGGAACGUCCAGUGGUGCCGACGUGUGUGGCGCCGCGUGUUCCCCCGCGCAAGUCGCGUUCAACGACGGCGUUCGCGUGGCAGGGUUGACUGAUUCGUUGCAAGUCGUGGCGUUCGUGUACGUUUUGGGCCUUCCGUGCCUCGUCCAUCGAUUCGGCGCCAAACGCGUGGUUGCGGCCAGCAUCGUCCCGCAGAUGUUUCUCGUCCUCAUGGCGAUGUCGAAGAAUGUCGCGGUAGAUGUGGCCAUUGCGGCCACGUGUAGCCUGACCCAAGCCACCAUCAAUUUGCUCAUUGUGCCCCUGAUCGUGCAUGUGAAGGGGCACGGCCAAGACAAUUCGCUGGGGCUGUUCAACGGCGCCUUGAACAGCGCACUGUGUGGGGGCCAAUUACUCAACUACGUCGCCUCAGCCGCGAUGGUCACGUCGUCCAUGGGCUAUGCACUACCAGUUCUGGUGGGAGGCAUUGUGAGCGCCGUAGCGUUUUGUGUGGCGCUCUUCAAGUUUCACAUUUCCAUGUUCACCGUGUAGUACGAAUCCUAGAAUAGAUGAUACAGUAAGCUUAAAUGAAGAAACACUGAAACCUCAAAU